UCCUGCCAGUUUCGCGGGAGGCUUUAACGACGAAGGAUUGCCAGCUAGCGAGCUGCUCCUCUCUUGUUGAGGUUUGGUGUCGCACGCUUGGUCGGUUGUAAACGCGUUGUAUUUGUCAUUCUCCUACUCGGAUGCUGCCAGCAGGACUUCUCCACCGAUCGAAAAUCACAUCAAGUGGGCGCACGUGUAGAUAAUUGCGGAAAGGACAACGGAACGACGGUAUGUGCUGAUGGGUUGCGGUUUGUUGGGAUGCUGACAGAUGAAAAGCAGAAUCUGACAUGAGUGAUGAUAAUAUGAUUAUACAGAGGAAUUGUUGACAUAGAUUUUAUUUUGUUCGCUGUACGGAGCAACCGGAGAGUGGAUUUGUUAGAGGGCCUCUCUUCACUAGUGGCUGCACCCCUUGGGGCCCGUGAGCGCUGAAAUGUGAUUCCACUGGAGUGGCUGACCAUGACACUGUAGAAAACUCUUAACGAACGGUAUGAAACUGCUGUUGCCGUCGAGGCCAAAUACCCAUGUCACUUUGACAUGUGUGAAAUGUGCCGUGAAUUCUGGCAUUGCCACAUGUGCAACGGGAAGAAAAAUCGUUACUCUAGUGCCUACUUUGAAGAGUGAUAAAAAAACGCACGGUCGUCGCUCAUUAGGGGAGCUGUACCUUUAAACGACGCGGUGACAAAUGUGGCGGAAAAAGGUUUCGGUGCAAAAAGUGACGAUGUCAUAAAGAACGGAAGUGUGUAGAUCCAUUUGUUGGCACCAGAAAACCACACCCGCACGAGUUUCUACAUUCUUGUAGUUUGGAGGCGCCGAGUUGAGAAACAGGAGCUUCCAGUGCAUUUUUCACGUGGCGAAACCUGGAUGAGGAAAGUGUAAUGGGAUGAUAAAAUAUUCAAAAUAACCGCCGUUCAGAGUGAAAUGUUGCACUAAAAAAGUUCAUCCAUUACAACCGUGGGAGAGAGUGAGUAGAGAAUUUUAUGUGCCCGGAAAGUGCAACUUGGCGGCAAACUAGUGGCCGGGCAGUAAACACAUUAGAUAUAUAGUUCCGGCAGUGGAGUUCUCGGCAGGGAAAGAAAGUUGCAGCCCACAGUAGCGUGAAUCCUUAUUCCGAUGGCACAGUGAUUCGUUGGAGGUGGCGAUGAAAGUAAUGGGAAAAACGAGCGAGAGAGGAAAAAAACGCCAGCCAGCAGAAGCAUAAAGUUUGUUUUGAUUUAUGCUCUUAUUUGGGGCGAAAGUUUUGCCAACGCGACCACCUCGGCACCAAUAGUAAGCGGUUUUGUUCGGGGGGAAAGAUCGAUUUUUGGGAGUUUUAGAAGCCAGCAGUAGUUGAACCGUCCUGGCUUGGAAACAGUGUGCAGUGUGGUGUGAUAUAAACGUAUAGUUCCCACGUGGCAUGCCAGAAUGGGUUCAACGGUAAUUACAUUACUUCAAACUUUGCUCGUUGUGCCGCUGGUAACAUGCGCCGCUAUGAGAGAAAGCACCUACUUGUGAAUGGAACAGGCGUAAAAGGAUAACCGCCGUAUCCGAGGUGGAUUUUCAGCCCAAAAACGGUUGACCUGGCCGAUGGCAAGAGCGCACAUUCUGGACUAGGCUAACUUUGAUAACGAUGCACCCACGAGCAUCCGACGACGGUCGACUUCAAUCGCACCGGCAGAGCGACCAGCUUUCGACGGGCAAUCUUGGCAUAGAGCAAAAAAAGUUUACCCACGCUGCAUAAUAAUAAAAGGGAUCCCAGCCGAAGAAGAAAAUAAAAAAACGGAAAAAUCUGCAACUCCCCCUUCCGUCACCGUUGAUCAACGCUAACCAGCAAUGAAUCAACCGCGACCAUUUCGAAAGCCUCCCGACGUGGAGGAAGCACUCUCCUCGAUGCUGUGGACUCCCUACGAUAAUAACGGAUCCGAUACGGACUCUUCGCAGGACGAGGAACCGUGCUCACUGACGGACCCGACAAUCGCUGUCGGACGAUAUAGCAAUAAUAAUCAUCUCAUCCAAUCAACGCGAACGAUGAAGCGAAGCUUUUCCGAGUGGAAUUAUCACAGCUCGAGUGAUAGCGUACAACCCGUCAAAGCACCGCUUUUCCUGGCAGCCGCGAACGCGAUAGGCAGUGGUGAACCCGGCAGUCGCUACAGUUACCCGUACUAUAGCCUGCACCCAGCAGUUAGCGGUGUUGGGGCCGACUGUUAUUGGAAUAGUAAUAAUAUUUACACUAAUGGCUAUCCUAAUCCUGCGCUGGCCACGCCAUCGGUGCCGUCGGGAACCGCACUGGAUUACUACUGGAAACAACUUCGUCCGACGGUGUCAGCUACAAUGUUUGCGAACCCGGGGGCGGCCGUAUCUGCGCCAUCAGCCGCAACAACACUGUUGCCGUUCAGUUUACUCAGUGUCGAUCCGCUGCGGCCGGCACCCGAAGGCACAGGAGCAGCCUACAGUUUCUACGAGGACGAUAUGAUCAACUCCAAUAUGAUGGCUGGCGUCGGUGACACCUUUGUCGAUUAUCAGCAGGUUUAUCCCAUCGCCCCGGUUGGUGUUGCAAAUGUUGCCGCUGGUGGUGACUGUGCCUACCUGAGUAGGUACCAACAGCCGCAGCGUCAAUUUUCGUCCAUGCCUUCGUCGUGUUCGUCCUCGGCUGCAUCAGGUUACAACCUGGUGAACGACAACAAUAAUAACUACAACUAUGACAAUAACAACAGUCUAUGCAGAAUUUCCGCAAUAUUUAAGCCAGUCAUGCGCAGCGGUAACGGCAACAACGGCAACGUCGGAGACCUAUAUUUCUCAAAACAUCAACAACAACAUCGGCCACGCUCGGAGAAUGCGACUGGCUCAAUUGCUAGCAACACCAACACCACGCUCGUACUGCAGGAUGAACAUCAUGUUGCGUGCGAUAGAAAUGAACCGACUUGGCCAAAACGGAAUAGGCAAAACAUGAGCCCGUUAAACGGCUACCACCACAUCGAAGGUGGUUGUGAGGGUGCAACCGUCAUGGAAGCAGCUGACGAUGAACGUUGCGGCGGUGUGGGAAGGGGCCGGAGAAUGACAGCAACAACGUCGUCGGCUGGGGUUCCGAUGAAUGGUUCGGAUCGUGCCGCGUUUAGUAGUGUGCGGAUAGUGAACGGAGAAGCAUACGCGUUUACAAGUGAUCUUACCGCGUCGGACCGUCGUUUGAUCGCUGCUGCGACCGACCGACAAACGAUCGACCGAAAUUGCAGUUACAGUGACAAUAAUCAUACUCGAAACGGUGGAAGUGGUUCCGGUAGGGCUUUAGAGAAUCUAAGAGAUUUCGGUCGCAGCGUUCGAGAUCGGUUCGUGGAUAUUAUGCGGCUCAACGUGCCUGCGGCCCCCGAGGGCAGCCGGACCAGUGUUUACAUACCGUCCUCGGAAGGGACGAUGCUGGAUAGUGCAAUUAUAAACGGCGAGGGGGGAACAAGACCGACCCUGACCAUUCAGGUGAAUCGUGUUGAUACCAAUAACCAGGAGCAGAAUGAUGUCGUGAAUAAUGCAUCCUCUGGGGUGAGCAUCGUAAAUUGCUACCGUGAGUCACCGAAAUGCGCCGAAAAUCCUAGUGAUCAAGAGUGUGUUGUUGUACCCAACAAAGGCCAGGAUGGCACCGAAGAAGGUCAAUUCUUUCCCAGUGAGGUUAACAGUGGUAAUCUGAAUCCUACGGUAAUCGAUAAAAAUCAUAUAAAUAUCAGUGCAAAUGCAGAGCAAAUGGUUCAUGUUUCUAACACAGUAGUGCAAAAAGAUCCCAAUCUAAUCGAGCAUAGUUAUAGUGUGAAGAAUAGUGCUAACAAUCAAACUCCCGCUUACCCCCAAACGGAUAUCGAUCGCAUCGAACCAGCAGGCAACCGUACCUACACUUCAACCGAGGCCCAAACCGACGAUCCUCAUGGCAACGGUGGUGAAAUUCCCGGACCGUACAUCCAUCACUCGGCCAUCGUCUCCGGUGGCCUCGCACAUACCCCUCCCCAUCCUCCUCCACCGACUCAUCCCGCGACCCUGCUCCUGACGCCACCCGGUUCGGAGUUUAGCACUCGCGAACAUCGACGCCGGGAGAGACGCGAGCGUCGCCAAGCGCGCAACCGAAUGCAGCAUGUCCACCCGAUGGACCAGCCGCCUCCGCCGCCGGCCAUGCUUCGGCCGCCCCCAAUCGAAAUCAUACCAGAUAUUCUGCACAGCCAUUUGCCGCCGCCAUACACGACGUUACCGAUGGGGGCCACGGUGCUGCCGGCGCCGAUUCUACCGGCCGUCCCAGUGCACCAUCGGGGGGCGGCCGACGACUGCCGGUACUCGUUCCCGAUUCCGAUCAUAAGAAGCUCACCCUCGGAACGAUCCCGUAAAGGCUGCUGCGGUCACUGGUUCGCCGGGCCACCACUGCGGGCGCUCAUCGCGGUGGUGGCGCUGGGUGGUGUGGCGUGUGCUCUCGGUGGUGCAGCACUCGGUGCAACCGGAUUGGCUGGUUCACCUACCUCUCACCUAACGGCGGCCUUGCUGAUGAUAGGUGUUGGAGUGAUCCUGGUGACCGUCAGUGGAGCAGCCUGGCGGAUGACGGCUCCCGGGGCGCCACCCUGCCUCGGACUAGGUUCGACUGUGGAUUUGGGCCGCUGUUCGCGACGACCCUGUGGGCGGGGGGGCAGCACACCGCAUGGGUUGCUAUAUCCGGAGUUCCAACAUCGACCGCCACCACCUUCCUACCAGGCUAGCAUGCAGGAGUACAGAUUAAGGCUUCUUCUGCUGGAUAGAGAUCGCCAAUCUGGAAGAAUGCGCAGCACGGCCUCACCUCCGCCUACAUAUCGGUCUAACGUCGGGAGUCUCCUCAGAAUCCCACUCACCUCACGGUACAACAACAGUGGCUCGAACAAUAACCCGAACGGUGCCGGGACAACAACCACAGCCGGCGGUGGCGGCGGGGGUGCCAGCAGUGGCAGCACCGCGACCAGCAUAUUCGGUGGCAUAAGUGGUAUCAUCAGCGGUGCCAUGGGCAGCAGUACAAACAGCGUCAACGUGGCAACUCAGUCAUCGCAACCGUCGGCCGGCAACCCACCGGACAUCACGGCGGAUCCCGAUCCGAACGGUCAACCCCCGCCAACUUAUCGCACCAUUGACCGCAGGAAUUCGUCAACGUCGGUGAAAUCGCAACCAGCACCACCGGCGACGACAUCUGCUGGGACGGCGACAACCACCGGUGAAUCCUGCGGUGGUUCGGCUCUAAUAAAUGAUGAUAAUAAUAUUGCUUCGACAGCAGGUCCGCCGGUGGCAUCCGCGCGUACGCCUUCGAUUAUUAAAAUAGACGACGCUAAAUCAGCUCCGGCCGCCUUCGGUUUGGCGAAAACGCAACCCAGGUCGGUGCCGCAUUGUACAGACUCACAUGUGUCACAUAAACAACGAAACUCAAUUACACGCGAAAUAAUUGAGAACGAUAGUAAUACGGGGGGCGAAAAUGUUGCAAACAAGGACUUAGUUACGAUUGUUACCAUUUCCGGCACGGUCGAGCAGCCGAAAUUGAAUAAAUCUGCACCCGGCGUCGAUGCUACCGACUGCAGCAGCAGUACAAAUCCGGUGCCAUCGUCCGGCAGCGGAACCGUGGCACAUCUGUAGCCGGACCGUUCCGGGGUCGGACACGACGGCACCGGUGCUGCCGCCAACGCGCUCAUCGCACAUCGAUGUUAUUUUUCUGUGUUCAGACAGCAGUGAAAAAUACACCGGGAUGGGGGAGGAAGCGUGGGUGAAACAAAUAAAACGCCAUGGAAGUCUAGUUUCGCUACGCAUGUUUUCUGCCUUUUUUUUGUUUGUCUGGUUUGGAAGUGGUUUCGGUUCGGCGUGGUGUGGUACAACGAUGGAGUAUUAUUUCUCGUGACCGGGACCUGUCCGGUCAGGGUAGAAUCUUUCGAGGCUGCGCGGAAAGGACUUUAGUGGCGGGGAGAUUGCACCAGUGUUUACCUUGAAACGAUAUUAUUUUAUCCUGGUCAACACACGAGGGUCGGAUGUGAUAAGCCUGAAAGUACAGCAGCGAAUGCAAAUAUUUGGGAGCACUGAUCAGAAAAGAAUGGUUUAUAUUUUUGAGAUCACUUCUAUUGUACACAAUACUGACCGCAAAUUCCGUAUUUUAUUCUCGCUCUAUACGAAAUUCUGGUUUUCUUUUUCGGAGGUUUUUCAAAUGUUAAAUUGUCGAAUUCACGUUUCAGUAACUCUACAAAAUAAAAUAUUUCCCUGGAUUACUCUUUUCUCUUACUCACACUGACUGCAAUUGUAUCUUUUGGGUAAAUAGCAUAAACAAGUUUCAAAUAAAAUAUCUAAUUUAAACCUCUCUCACAUUUUCGUUAGCGAUUUGUGAACAAAAAAUUGUUCAAAACUGUGCGCAAUUACCAUUAAAUUUUCCUAUGUAGAAUUCCUGAUUUUUCGCUAAUAUUAUUUUCCGAUUGAGUUGAUUCCACGAAAGUAAACAGUACGUACUAUAGAUCAUUUCAUUAAUUUCUUCAAUUAACUAGGUAACUAAACGUUUUCAAUCAAAAAAUACUAACACGAGUCGAGAGAACCAAGAGAAAAAAUGGUUUAAGUUGAAGUUAUAAACAUUUAUAUUAUCAUUAUUCAAUCCGGUUUCUGUUUUCUUCAAUAUAAAACUGGUGGAACAGAAAAGUAAACACGACAUGACAGAUCCGCACAAUUUUACUAACAUAUCCGGACAUGUUCAGCAAUGCUGUGCAGUCCGCCUGUUAGGUCAUCUGCUGUGGAACGCUUCAAUUGAAUGAGUCACCUGCUCAGUCGUGCUGCGCUGAAAUCAGCUGCUGCUCUGCCAGCUGCAGGUCGAGCUGAUUUUCAGUAAGAUUCAAUCGUCCUCUUACUGCGGUGAUCGAUUAUAAACAGGCUAUGUUUUGCUCAUCUUCAUCUUAAAGAGAAAACAGUUUUCUUCCCUCUUAACAACUGUGAGCUUACAUUCAAUGUGCAUCAUACCAUCUGCUGUAGAGAGAGCGCAGAGUAAUAGUUUCUCUGACGAAAAACGCUCCUAAUUUGCCAGAGUAAAAACCCAGUGAAACUUUUGUAAAUUGCUCAUCCACGCACGCAAGAAAAGGAAAAUAAACUGCUCGGCGAUCAACUGAGCAUUGCGGUACCGUUCUCAUUGCUCUGGGGUGCGGCAAAAACAGGAUAAAAUCGAACUUUCUGCAGAAUACGCACCCAUGGUGAGUUGUGAAUCUUAUUAUAAGAAUAAAUUCGAAAACGGUUAGGAUGUGGCUUCAAUAUGAACCUAAAUGUUUUGAUAUUUGGCCAACUUCUCUUCUAGUAAAGGAAAAGCUAACGAAAACUACUCUGACUACUAAACUGAGAGAGCAAACAAAUGUUAACCCCUCACACGCGAUGAUUAAGAGUGAAUAGGAACUCUGCAACUAAAAUACUCUACGCCUAAAUGUGGACAAUUACUCACUCUGUGUUAGAGAAAGUCUAGUUCUCCAAGGGGUUUGGCAGGUAGAGAAGGAAAUUUGAGCAAAAAUGAAAGAACGGAAGAAGCCUGAUUAUAAAUGAAGACUGAAUUUCUGCAUGCCAGUUCUAUACGUGACUACUGUGAGUUAAACUUCCGGUAGGCGUGUGUUCGUGGAUUACAGCGAGUAAAACAACAACAACAACAAAUUGGUUAUAAAGCAAAAUCCUUUGUAUGAUUUAGCGUCGGCUGCGUUGUAAAAGAAGGCCUUGUUUUAGCUCUGAUUGAUCGAAACAUGCGUUCAAUAAGGCUCUUUUUUUCAAUAGUACGAAAGUUAGCAUAACAAAAUCACAGUUUUCCGCAUUUUGGUAGACGCUACCCGAUCAAACGAUUAUAACAAACGGGUAACAAAAAUAUAUCAGAACUUGAUAGAAAUGACAAAGCCUGUAAUAUUAUUGAUAUGCCAGAAUGAUAAAAAUUACAGAUAUUUAUAACAAAAUUUGUUAUUCAAUCGACAAAAUAUUGUACAUUAUAACUAAUUCUGAUCUUUUUCUGCCAUAAACCUCACAAAACUUGCUGUAAUUUGUAAUGAUCAGUAAGUAAUUUUGAUAGGAAUUUUGAUAUUUUAACUAUUAACGAGACCAAGUUUAGAACACAAGUUGAUACAAAAAGUUCGUAAAAAAAUAUCAAAAUUUGUUAUAAUCCUGAUAAUUUCGACUGAUUGGGUAAUGUUUCAAUAGAUAGCUGUAACAAUUAAGGAAAUCCGUUAAAAACUGAUUGAGUUUUAAAAACUGAUUGAGUUAGUACCCCAAUAUAUGUUGCCGUAAGACGUAGUUCUACGUCAAAAAAAUUAAAAUUUUCAAAAAAGGUCCGUAGUCGGCUUUCCCAUGAAUCUCUUUUAUGAUGCCGGAGCAAAACGGCCUUUCCUUUGACUUUUUGAAUCUCGUAAUCCAACCAAUCGACUGUUUACAGUUUGAUGCUCUUUAGUUAUUUUCGUACACCAAGAAAUCUAUAAUCUCAAAGUAAUCUUGGAUUGGGCGAGACAGGAGUAGAUGCUUUAGGUUCCGUUUUUGAAAUACAAAUGGGUUCGAGUGGUUGUUCAGGAAAUUUUAUGUUUUUCAUGCGCAAUGUGAUGAUGCUUUAUCACAGUGUUUUUGGAGAAAUAGAGUUAAAAUUUUCCUUAAACAUUCGUUCUGGCACACAUCUUGAUUGAUUGCCAAUCCGCUCGGCUUGAAGCAUGAUUUGGACAAGAUAAAUGAAGCCUGUUUUUGUCCAUUACUUUGACCGGUCUUCCACUACAUAUCUAGCGAUUUAUUGUUGAGGUUUGCAGGAAAUUAAACACAGUCGACACUGGUGAAUUUUCGCUUUUUAAUGGUUUUUAAGCCAUUAUUGCAAUAGUAUUUGAGCCUCAAUAUAGACACCAAAAUAUUUUAUUCUGUAGUUUCCUGUUCUUGAACAAACAAAAUAUCAAAUUUCGCGCUACAAAUAAGAUUUUUGCAUUUUUUCUUUAAAAAUUUAGCUGUACUAACAUUUGAUAAGGAAUCAUAACAGGAGAUACGGAAAACUUGUCCAGGGAUUACUUCUAAGGGAUUGUUCGAACUUUUAUUUAGAAGUUUUUUACUUCGAAUUUUUAUUUAGAAGAAAAAAUUUGAGUUUAAGAUUCUCCACUGAAACACAUUUAUUUUAACCGUAAACUUACGUUAAAAAAUUGAAUAAUCUUACGUUUGCGGGUCUUUUCCAAUCCAUGUAUAUUUUGUAUGAUAAACCAUAAAAAAAAUGAGGAAAUAUGAAAAACACAUAACACUCAAAUCGUCUUGUACGUGAAACUUAACAGCUUCUUCAAUUCCAAAUGGGACUUUAGAAACAUAUUCGUUAUUGAUAUCAGCUGACAAGUCUUCUUCGCUCGACUUUUCAGAGAAACGACUCAUUUCUUCAUAAGAUUUGUUUUCAACCGACUCGACAUUUCAACGAAAUAAAAAAAAUCUUCGUUCGAAAUAGUUUUAAUAAUAUUUUUACGAGUGUGAACAACAAAGUCACAAUAAAGUAUGGAAUGUCACGUCCAUGAAAAUCGCACUACAAUAUGACGGGUCGAAAAAGGCUCGGUCUUAUCGGAAGGUCCCAAAUUCAAUUAUGAUUACCGCCAUCUAUUGACAAACAUCAGAACAGGUUUUUUAAUACUUUUUAUGUUCAAGCAACAAAGAAAAGAAAUUUCAGCCAAAUACUAAUUUCUGUUAUGGAAAUAUCGAUUCCCGAAAUACAAAUUAAGACGAAAACGAUCCAAACGUAGGUCUAUGGUUAAAAACAACAAGUGAUUAAAAGAAAAGGUUUUUAGAUAGGGUUUCAUACGUCUUCGGCAAUGGUUUACUUCGGCCGGUUUUCUGCGGCAGUUUUAUGCAAAAACCUGCCGAAGAAAACCACUGCCGAAGACGUUCGAUAUCUUAACACAAUUUAGUUGCCUUAAAUUUUUCUAAGCAAAUCAAAGAAAAGUUUUUUUGACAAAAAUUAUUUCAAGCGGCUCGUUUAGGGCCGUCUAAAAAGCUAAUUUCGAAAGUUUUCUGAGAUUUUUUCAUUUUUGAAAAAAAAAUUCAGUGUAGGUUCUUUAAAUUUUUUUUUCGAUAUUUUUAAAUGAGAAUUCAGACAAUUUCGUGAAAACUAUCCCUUGACCACUUUUCUCUAACUCUAGUCACUACCGGACAGUCGUGAACUCAGAGGCAAAAAACGUGAAACCACGUCGAACAUUAAAUAGUUCUUGUUAGAGAAACUUUGGUUUGUUUAGAAGAAGGAAAAUUUUACACUAAUAGUACAGUCCCUCUACAAUUAUGGGUCAGUCAGCGUGUUGUUUGAAUAUUCAAAAAUGGAUAUAAAAUCGUAAAAAUUAUCAACUACGAAUGUUUUACUAUCUAUAUCUUUGUUCUGAUAUGUACUUUCGAUCAACAAUUAGUUUCACUGCAGUUGAUGCGUGUAAAUCGGUUGGGAAGAAAAAUAUCACUUACAUAGCAAAAGACACAACUAUGGGUCACUUUUGGCAUUCAAAAUCAUUUAGUCUAUAAAAUCGUCAAUAUACAUAACGCAAGUUAUUUAAUGGUUGUAAAAUAUUGAUAAUAAGUUAUUUUAUUCGGUCUUGAUGCAUUAUCAUGUAAAAGUAAUAAAAAUAGCCAAAAUAUGGACUGACCCACAUUGGUAACAAGGUAACAAUACUACAAUUAUGGGUCACCUCACUUCUUACACUGAACAGAAAUAUAGUUUCUAGUGACAUUUUCAACUCUAAAUUAUUUUAAUCGUAUAAAAGAGGUUACAAGUGAGUUUUACAAAAAAUACCACUGCUAAUGAAAAUUGUCCAGUUUCGUGAAAAUAGACGUAUUUGCUCAAAAAUGACCCAUAUCUGUAGCUGAUCCAUAACUGUGGAGGCACUGUACUAGUGAAAAUUCACUGGUAACAUUGAAUAUUUUCCUGGCCGCACAUAAUAAAUUUGCUCUCCGCUCUGCCCUCCAGUAGCUCGGCUAGCAAAAUAUCCUACAGCAUACGAUAGUACCUCUUGCUGCCGUAUGCAGAAUUAAGGUAAGGUGUGCCGCAGUGCCUGAUAGUUGACUCGUAAUCAGCUAUCUUUUCCUAAUGCCGCGUACCUCUAACAGCUAUACUGUAGGCUGCGUUCGCUACCGUGUGACGAACAAGAGUGAAGGUAAAUUUUCUACGCGUAAUCUUUUGUUUCGAGUUGAGCGUAGAUUUUUGCAAUGUUGGCGGGGUGAUGCAACAAAGACAUAGUCCUACGUCAAAAAUCUGAUCUGUCGUACUUUUUGACAAUCUCUUUUUUUUUCAAAAUGAUUUUUUGAUUUCAGUGUAGCGCUUAGAAUUCAAUUAUUUCAAUAUUUUCAAAUGAAGGUUCAGAAAAUUCCCUAGAAGACAUCAACUUACACACUUACAACUUUCCUCUACUUCUUGUUAUUAUUCAGAUACAUCGAUUUUUUAAAACAUUUUUCAGACCUUUUCAAAUGAUAGUACAGAAAAAAAAACAAAAUUUGCACCCACAAAACUUCAAUUUAAUUCUGAGAGGGUGCUGUCGCUCCUCGGUUUAGUUGGCAAAAAAUCCUUAAAUACUAUUUUUGACGUAGGACUACGUCUAUAUCUACUAAGGUACAUUCUGUGGAAACUACAAUGAGCAUGGAACGUUGAGAGAGAAGGUUUUUAAAUGUUUAUAAUCAAGGUGCCGUUAGGGAGCUAAAAGGUAAAGAAAUUUCAUGAUAUGAUUAUUGUUACAGCCUUUUUACUACUACGUGAUGGAAUUGAUAAUAAACUUUUUAUAUGAUUGGCGCAUUUGAGCCAUUCCACACAAAAAAAACGGGUAGCCUUUAAUCGACCAUUUUAAAUUUGGCUGGAACUUUGCAUAGACGUUACUAUAGGCAAAGAUGCCAUUUUUUGCUAUUGGUUUAAUUUAAAAAAAAAAUAAGCAGUACAAAGCCUUCGUAGUCCUACGUCAACCAUGGGUUCACGUCUCAGAUACCAUUUGCUAAAUUUUUGACGUAGAACUACAUAUUUAAGUAAGCUACUAUUAAAAAAUUUAAACUGAUGAUUUUUAUUCAGUGUUGAAUACUUACUGAGUUAGUUUACUUCGUUUUUGCAAAUUAGUUAAAUUAGUUACGCGUUCACCACAAUAUGAGAAAUUGUAAUUGUGUGCCGUUAACUAUUAUAAGUACUGUUGAAAAAUAUCGAGCCAUAUUUGAACGAAGAAUUGGGCCAAUCAAAGCUGGAACAUGGUCAAAUGUCAAUCAAUAUGGGUAUAUUCUGAACCGGGAUGACAUUUAAAGGCCCAAAAUCGACCCGGAUACUAUUUUGAAUUUCAAGAUGGCGAUUUUUAGAUGAGAGACUGGAAUUCGACUGCGGAUUCCAUUUUCAAAUUCAAAAUGGCGACUUCCGAAGCUCGAAUAUAGCAAAAUAUCAUCCAAUAGGGUUAAUUCUGAAACCGAAACGAUACUAAGGACGGUUUCAGACACCAUUUUGAAAUCCAAGAUGGCGAUUUCCUCUUUCUGAAAAACAUCCAAAAAUGGCCAAAUAUUACCUAAUAUAGAUUUUAGAGCUGCAAGACUUGUAUAAAAAAAUACACUGUCCUUCGAAUUUCGCUUAGCAGUAGUGCUCGAGAGUUUCGUCUUCUUGAAAAAAGCCUCUAUGCAAAAUUUCAGUUCAAUCAGACUUUGGGAACACGUGCCUCAAAGCGAUCAAAAUUUCACUUUAUUAAUCGAUGAAAAUGCACAGAUUUCUGGGACUAAGAAACUUCCGAGCUGGGAAUCUUGCUUAACCCAAAUGUUUCUGGGACUUUGACCAGAAAGUCGAUUUUUGCAAGAGGCAUUCGGCAUAAAAAAAUCGAUAUCAACGAAUUCAUGUACUACUACCUGUGUAUUUCCACCUUAAUGAAUAUUUCCGUUAACGGGAUGAUACACAGAGCCAAAAAUCGACCCCCGAUGGCAUUUUGAAAUCAAAACUGUCAACCUUCAGUGUCUGUGAAACAGCUUGAAUUAUCAUUCUGGAAUCUAGAUGAUGCCCAAUGAUCAGAAAUCGAAUCCAGACUCCAAUUUUAAAAUCCCAGAUGGCGAGUUCUAGUUUUCGAAAAUGGCCAAAUAUCAAGCAAUAUGAUUUUUACUGGAACUAAAAUAAUACCCAGAGGCUAAUUUGGAAUAUGAGAUGGUGGCUUCCGGUUCUUGGCAAACAGCCAGAAUAGCUAAAUACUACCCAACAUGGACAUUUUCGUACUCAGGAUGUUACCCAGAUACCGUUUUAAAUUUUCUCCUGGCAAUCACAUUAUUUGCAGAGAGUUAAUUUUCUAGUGUUGGAUAAAAAUUAUUUGCACGAACAGGAUUAAAAAUCUCUAUUUUACUCUUUUAUACCAAAAAUUGAAAUGGAAGCAUCCCCAAAAUUAUGAUAGAAAAGGGCAAAACUCAAGUAGAUUUUGAUUGGUUUUUUUUUCCUGUGUGGGCUCAUCACUGCGACCAGAGAUUAGAUCUAUUGUGAUAUUGCCCAAGUGGUUUUCUGUAUUCCGCACUUCAUAUUAUUGGCAGUAUCACCAUUGAAGUGAGUGAUACGCUUAUAAUUCAUAUUCGUGCUUGUGUGUAAGUUUUACCUUUCCGUUUCAAACUUACUACUCUACUAUACCGAGCCUCUAUCCCUUUUAACAAUAUCGCCUAAUUACAAUUCCCUGGAGAGAGCUUUCAUACGUUACUCACACCAGUUUUUUAUAACAGGGACUUAUUUUUGUUAGAAGGAGAGUCAACAGAGGUACUGUAGAAUUCAGAUUGAAGAAAAGGUACUUGGUGGGAAGCCUGAGAAUAAACCCAUGCUAAAGUCCUUUGGCAAACAAAUGGCUUGGUUCUACUAAGAUUCGAACCCUUGCGGCUAUGGAGCUCCUGGUUAAAAAUUGAUUGGUUUAAAAUUUAUUGAAAAAAAAAAAAAUAGACAGAGUAAAAUGAAAUCUAUUCCGUACAUUUUGGAGUUCUUCUCAAAGAAGAGAUAGAUUUUAUUUAAGAUUUUAUUUCAAUUGAUCUUUAUAUUUAAUAUAUAUCCAUAAAAAUGGUUCAGUGACUUCAAUAGUAUAAACUAGCAUUGAAAAUAAAACAUAUUGAACUAUUUUUGACAAAGUUUGGAAAUCAAAUUGCGCAGUGCGUAUGGAAAGCCGGCCAAAACUGAGUCAAUUCUUUAUCAUUGCCAGAAUUGUUUAAAAUAUAACAUUAGCGAAUGAGUAUAGAUGCUUUUAAGCUACUUCGGAAAUAAAAAAAGCAUCAGACACUAAUACUAUCGAAUGUAUCAAGUUACAAUACAUUUCAUGUUUGAAGUUACCAAUGUCUAAAUAAUCGUGUUAUAAUUUUAACCAGAUUUUCCAUCAAAUCCCAAUCAUUCCAGUUCUUUCAGUAUCAGUUGUUUAAAAUUCUAACAAAAUACAACGGAGAUACAGCCGAAACCAUUUCCGUACAGGCGAUUAUCAGAGAAGUGAAGGUCACCUGUUGCGAAUUUCAAUAUAAAACAAGUUCCAAAAAAUGUCAUCUGUCAACAGCUUCGAAAAAGAAACAUCGUGAUUUGCCGCAAAUUAGUUGGAUAACUACAUUAUUUUUCAUAUAUGUUAACGACUUUUGGCAUGUUUCGUCGUCGUUUACUUUUCUUAUGCUUUUUUUUCUUGAGGUUUCGUCUUGCUUUUUCAUUCGAUAUGUGUACUACUAAUUACACUGGUCAACACAGGUGUAGCCCUGAAGCUCAAACUGUAAAUAAUGAAAGAUUAUUGUUUUCUAGCCAUUCCUGUGAAUUUUGGUGCCCCUAACCACCAACCUUUUUUCAGAGACAUAAAAAAGUUUUCUCGUAAACAUAACGUUGAAGCGACGAACCUGGCUAGCAAUAUCUAUGCGACACUUUGAUGUAAGUUGACGCGUUUUGACAAUGGCCAGAGUCACCAAGUUUCACAGGAAUGGUUGAAAAGCCAAAAUCUUUCUAGGGCAACUAUUUUGAGCUUUAGGGUAGCAUUUUUUCGCUUCUGUCGACCAGUGUUAUCAAAAUAACAUUUUUUUUUUUUUAAUAGUAUUUCUGGUAAUAGAAAUAUUUUUUUAUUGAUAAGCAGUGAUGUCGCUUGUUUGGUUUAUCAAUCCAACAUCUUUCGUUUGGUAAAAACAUAUGGUACCAAGAACGAAACUAGAAAUAUUGCUAUCAAGAAGUACUUUUUUUGUGUUUAACAUUUGUUGAACAUACAUUUUUAAGCUGAGGUGUAAUUGUGGUAAUUAAACUAAUACAGCGUCUCAUCUAAUGAUCAACAAAUCGUUAAAUUUAGUAUUUUUAUCUUGACCGUACGAAUCAACGAUCAUCAGCUCCUUACAGCAAUUUCCACCCAUAAUUCAGUCAGAAAGUGUAAUAAUGAUAAUUUACGAUUACGAUGACACAAUUUAAUACACAACAUUUGUAAGGUCAUGUUAGCACAGUCGCGGUUAACGACGUCCUUGUGUACUUCCACCUUUCACGCCUCAAUCGGUUAUUGCUACUGUAAUGUUAAAUAAAAUAUAUACCCCAUCUUUGCACAGCCAGCCGGAAUUGAGACCGAACAAAAAGGAAAAAAAAACCGAAUAAAAAUUAAUAAAUAAUAAUAUAAGUUGUUCGCAUUUUAGUCGUAAGGUAAACGUAAACGUGGAUUUCUGUAGACUUGUAUAGAUACUUAGAUGUAAGAUCACCACUACCAAUACCACCAUCAGCACUUUCCUUUCACUAGCUAACCCUGUUCGACGAAAACAGAAAAACGAAUGAAUGAGUGAAUGCAAGCCAGAGUCUGACAGCGUAGAAGACCUACCGGAAAGGCGUUAAACGAUUUUCACAGAACAAAAUUUUCGGAAGUUUCAUUUUCUAUCCACCAGAGUGUCAUAAAAUGUUAUUGAAACCAAUAAAUCGCCGCAUUGCUUCUGUUCACCAUAAAAGGCGAAAUUUGGUUUCCACGCUGUCGAAAAACAUAAAAAAGGUUGUGUGUGUAUAAAGUUAAGCAUUCAAAAUAAGUGCUUGUGAAUGAGAACGAGAGAAUCGAAAGUGCACUGAAAGAGUCGAGAGCGGAAAUAAAUUAAGUUUUAAUUUAAUAUGUGCCUGAAAUUUCAAAUGAUUGUAAAAUUCGAAACAGCAGAAAAAAAAACAAAAAUAAAACACUAAUGAGAAGCAACCGGUAGCAAGAGCCGACGCGCGGAAGUUUGAAUGCAGAAACUGCAUGCACUAAAGUUUUGACUGCCGGAUUUUAUUCGUUUUUAAUGUCCUUCAUGUACAACACCCUUUCCAGCCCCAGUCUCGAAGGAAGGCCAGGAAAAGUUUUUUUUUAUUUUGACUCCCCCGCUUGAACUUAUUAUGGUACAUGUUCAGCACCGAUCCUGGCACCGUUCACAUUCUCCUACCGCGUCAAACCCCACGUGAGUUCACACCGCAGCGAAUGGGCAAAUUUAAUUUGAUUAAUGUUUUAUUUCGUCCCUGUUCGGCAACCGGGAAAGUCAAACACACGCCAAACUUGCUCGUUCGCACCAGCAACAGUGCAAGUUUUGCUUUCGCUCUAUUUAGUGCCCGGCGAAAACGAAAACGAAAACUAAAACAAAGCAAAAAAAUAACGAAGUAGAGUAGCUAAUUGAAUAUGAGCGAAAGAUAUGUUUUUUUCCUAUCGAAUAUAUUCUAGGGUAUUGACAAAAUCGGAAGAAUUUUACAAAUGACUAAGAAAGAUAAAAUAAGUUGAACUAUACGCAGCAGUGGUCUAUUGGAUAGUGUUUCUGUAAGCACAUUGAAAGUGUAAGAAAUAAACAAGAAAAAAAACUAUAGCAAAGUGACAUAUGAAAGGUAUAGACAGAGCAUGUUUUGCAAAUGGGUUAAGAGAAUCUGUAUCAUAAAUGUUUUAUUUUUAUUUAACCAAAGAAUGAGAGAGGAAAAAUAAAGAGCAGAGUAUUAUCAUAUCGAAAGUUCUGAAAAGUGAAA